AUGGAAACAAAUCCGGAAGGAAACUGCACCAUAGUGAAAGAGUUCAUUCUCCUAGGAUUUUCUGAAGAUCGAGAGGAGCAAUUCCCCUUGUUUGUGAUGUUUCUUGUGAUCUACCUCAUCACACUAACAGGGAACCUAGGGAUGAUUGUAUUAAUCAGGAUCAGCACCCGGCUUCACCUGCCCAUGUACUUCUUCCUGUUGAACUUGUCUGUCAUUGACAUCUGUUACUCAUCAGCCAUCACCCCAAGGAUGCUAAUAAGCUUCCUAGCAGAGGACAAAUCCAUUUCCUCCAAUGCAUGUUUUACUCAGCUCUACUUUUUUGUUGCCUGGGUGUGCACCGAGUGUUUUCUGCUGGCCACAAUGGCAUAUGACCGUUACAUGGCAAUCUGUAGCCCAUUGCUCUAUUCAGCAAUCAUGACUCAAAGAGUCUGCAUCCCCUUGGUUGCUGGCUCAUGUCUUGUUGGCUUCACAAAUGCCGCAAUAACAGUCUGUUUUAUAAGCAGCUUAUCAUACUGUGGUUCUAAUGUCAUUAGACAUUUCUUCUGUGAUACUCCUCCCCUUUUAGCUCUAUCCUCAGAUAGCUAUGUUACUGAAACAAUAAUUUCCUUCCUAGCUGGGCUCACCACCGUUGGAUCCCUGUGUAUCAUACUCUUGUCAUACCUGUUCAUUCUGUCUGCCCUCCUCAAGAUCCGUUCUAGUCAAGGCAGGCACAAGGCCUUCUCCACUUGCACCUCUCACAUUACAGCAGUCACCAUCUUCUAUGGGACUCUGAUAUUUACAUAUCUGCGCCCCAAUACAAGCUACUCUUUGGGCCGGGAUCAAGUGGCAUCUGUGUUCUACACUGUGGUGGUCCCUAUGUUGAACCCUCUCAUCUACAGCCUGAGGAACAAGGAAGUGAAGGAGGCUCUCUGGCAAACCAUGAGAAUGAAAAUAUGUUUGUAA